CAACCCACCGUUACAAUGGCCAACGCUGUCAACCGAGCGGCACUGCCCGACUUCGUUUCACUUACCAACAAUAUCUCAUUCUACGAGCCUAAGGCGGCCGAAAACAACAAUGCAAGCGUUUCGCAGACCAUCAUACUUUGUUCCUGGAUGGGCGCCUUGCCCAAGCACAUAAAGAAGUACACAACAGCUCACCGCUCCCGAAGUCCCAACGCCGAGAUCCUGCUAGUUGAAUCCACCGUAUCAGACAUCAUCUUCCCGCCAGCGGAGAAAGCACUCCCUGCUCGUUACCAAGCCGGCGUGGACGUCUUGAGAAGCGCGGUGGAGGGCAAACAAAGCAUCCUUCUCCACGUGUUCUCCAACGGCGGCUGUGCGAGUGCUAUCCGUCUGGCCUCUGUCUGGCGGCUGGAGACAAACAAGCCGUUGCCAAUCAAUGCCAUGGUAUUGGACAGCUGUCCUGGCUCUGGAUCGUUGCAGCUGGGUGCCAAAGCUAUUACGCUCGCGUUUCCCAAGGAUGUGCAGUGGCUGGCUGCACUCUUCACCUGGAUCAUCCUGAUUCCACUGUUCACUGUCAUGGGAUGGCUGGGUGUGCCGAACCCUAUCAAUGCCGUACGGCAAGGUAUGAAUGAUACUGGGCUGUUUCCACUGAGCACGCCGCGGACAUACAUUUAUUCGAAAGGUGAUGAGUUGGUACCGCCAGAAACAGUAGAGUCGCAUAGUGUCAGCGCUACUGAAGCAGGGUUCAGAGUAAAAAGUGUACUCUUCGAAAGGUCUGCGCACGUGAACCACGUUGCUGAGGACCAAGAGAAAUAUUGGAGAGCUGUCGAUGAGGUGCAGAAGAUGUAA